AUGGCGGGGGGGGGCGCGGGGGUGGCCAAGCGCCUGGGGACCCUCCUCUCGGGGCUGCUGGAGUGCGGGGCCUUCUGCGGCAUCAUCUUCGGCUGGGCCUCCCUCGUCUUCGUCCUCAAGGACCUGGGCUACUUCGAGGACCUGUGCCAGCCCACCGCCACCCCCGGCCCCAACCAGACCCUGCUGCCCGACUGCAGCCGUCAGGAUGAGCAGUUCUCUCUGGUCUUCACCAUCGGCUCCUUCAUGAACAACUUCAUGACCUUCCCCAUGGGCUUCGUCUUCGACCGCUUCGGCACCACCGUCGCCCGCCUCAUCGCCAUCUCCCUCUACACCGGCGGGACCCUGCUCGUCGCCUUCUCCACCCCAGAGCUGGCAGUGCUGCUCUUCCCGGCCAUGUCCAUGCUGUCGGUGGGCGGCAUCCUCCUCAUCCUCACCAACAUGCAGGUGGGUAACCUCUUUGGGAAGUACCGCUCCAUCAUCAUCACCCUCUACAACGGGGCCUUCGACUCUUCGUCUGCCAUCUUCCUCAUCAUCAAGGUGCUGUACGAGCACGGGCUGUCCCUGCGGGCCAUGUUCCUCUUCAUGGCGGCCUGCAGCGCCUGGCACCUGCUGCGCACCCUCUUCCUCAUGCCCCGCACCCGCAUCCCCUACCCGCUGCCCCCCGCCUACAACUACGGGCUGCGGUGCCCGGGGCGGUCCCAGUCGUAUCGCACCUAUGAGGAGAAGCGCCCGCCGGGGGAGGCCGGCCCCGAGGAGACCCCCCUGGAGCCCAGCGCCCCCAGAGGCGGCGGGGGCCCCCCCGGGGUGCCCUUCAGGGCCUGCGUCUGCUCCGGGCUCUUCGCCUGGCACGUGGCCUGGCUCUCCGUCAUGCAGCUGCGCCACUACCUCUUCAUCGGCACCCUCAACCCCCUCCUCGACCACCUGGCCCGCGGAGACCACCGCCUGGUGAGCACCUACACCAACGCCUUCGCCUUCACCCAGCUCUGCGGGGUGCUCUGCGCACCGUGGAACGGCCUCAUCCUCGACCGACACAAGCGGGGCAAGACCCCCCGCCCCGAGGGGGCCCUGGGGGCACUGGCUGACCUGCGGGCGUCCGUGCUGUCGCUGGCGGUGACGGUGACGCAGUGCGUGCUCUUCUCGGUCUGCGCGGCGGUGCCCAUGCUGCCCGUCCAGUUCGCCACCUUCGUGCUGCAGGUGCGCCGCUCCUUCCUCUACGGGGGCAACGCCGCCUUCCUGGCCAUCGCGUUCCCCCCGCAGCACUUUGGGAAGCUGUACGGGCUGGCCAUGGCGCUGUCGGCGCUGGUGGCCCUGCUGCAGUACCCCUGCAUCGCCCUGGUGCGCGGGCCGCUCCGCGGGGACCCCUUCUACGUGAACUUGGGGCUCAUCGCCGUGGUGCUGGUGGCCUUCGUCAGUCCGGUGGUGGUGGCCCGCGAGUGCCGGCGGCGAGCCAAAGAGUUGGGGGCUGCCGGCACCCCCCUCGCAGCCCCCCCAAGCGCCGAGACCCCCGCCGAGAUGCCCCACUGA